AAUCAUGCACAGUCUGAGCAACGAGAGCUACUAUACGAAUAGAAAUUUGCACCCAGCUGGUAGAUUAGUGUGGAAAUUUCGAGAAAGAGAAUCCGGAAUAUUCGACGAAGAGCCAUUUUAGUAUAAAUACCAGACGUGAGCGCUCUACGUUUCAGAAUUGAAUAAGCAAACAAAGUAUUAACAACUCUUAGAGAGAUUGUAACAAACAAACGCGAAAGUGUUUUUAACACAAAGUGAUAUAAACAAUUACAAAAGUUUAAAAAAGUAUAGUAUUGAAAAGUUUAAUUGAAGAAAAAGUAUAACAAAAGCAAGUCAACAUGGUAGCAAUCGGUAUUGAUUUGGGAACAACAUACUCCUGUGUUGGUGUCUUCCAACACGGCAAAGUGGAGAUUAUCGCCAAUGACCAAGGCAACCGCACAACGCCCAGUUACGUUGCCUUUACAGAUUCAGAGCGACUCAUUGGCGAUGCGGCGAAGAACCAGGUUGCCAUGAAUCCAAAGAACACAGUAUUCGACGCCAAGCGAUUGAUUGGACGCAAGUAUGACGAUCCGAAGAUCAUGGAGGAUGUCAAACAUUGGCCUUUCAAAGUAGUGAGUGACGGUGGCAAACCAAAGAUCAGUGUCGAGUACAAAGGUGAGAACAAACGCUUUGCGCCAGAAGAAAUUUCGUCAAUGGUGUUGACCAAGAUGAAGGAGACAGCUGAGGCAUACUUAGGAACAACAGUGACAGACGCCGUCAUCACAGUACCAGCAUACUUCAAUGACUCACAGAGACAGGCGACUAAGGAUGCGGGUCGUAUUGCUGGUUUGAAUGUGUUACGAAUCAUUAAUGAACCGACAGCAGCCGCCUUAGCCUACGGUCUGGAUAAGAAUCUGAAAGGUGAACGUAAUGUUCUGAUCUUCGAUUUGGGCGGUGGUACUUUUGAUGUAUCAAUCUUGACCAUUGACGAGGGUUCACUGUUCGAAGUGCGUGCAACCGCUGGUGACACACAUCUUGGUGGGGAAGAUUUUGACAACCGACUGGUCAACCACUUGGCUGAUGAGUUCAAACGAAAGUACAAAAAAGAUCUACGUUCGAAUCCAAGAGCAUUACGUCGUCUACGUACAGCAGCCGAACGUGCGAAGCGUACUUUAUCAUCAAGCACCGAAGCCACAAUCGAAAUCGAUGCACUAUACGAAGGAGUGGACUUCUACACGAAAGUGUCACGAGCUCGCUUUGAAGAAUUGUGUGCUGAUUUAUUCCGUCAGACCUUGGACCCAGUGGAGAAGGCGUUGAAUGACGCGAAGAUGGACAAGAAUCAAAUACACGAUAUCGUAUUGGUUGGUGGUUCCACACGUAUUCCAAAAGUUCAGAGUCUACUACAGUCGUUCUUCUGUGGCAAAAGUCUGAAUCUUUCAAUCAAUCCGGAUGAGGCAGUGGCAUAUGGUGCAGCCGUCCAAGCUGCUAUUCUAAGUGGUGACAAGAGCAGUGAAAUUCAGGAUGUGCUAUUGGUCGACGUAGCACCAUUGUCCUUAGGUAUCGAAACAGCUGGUGGUGUUAUGGCGAAAAUUGUUGAACGAAAUUGCCGAAUUCCAUGCAAACAAACUCAAACAUUCUCAACAUACUCCGACAACCAAAGUGGUGUCACAAUCCAGGUUUACGAGGGUGAACGUGUGAUGACCAAGGACAACAAUCGACUGGGUACAUUCGACUUAUCGGGCAUACCGCCAGCUCCACGCGGAGUGCCACAGAUUGAGGUUACCUUUGAUCUGGACGCCAACGGCAUUCUGAAUGUAUCGGCGAAGGAAUUGAGUUCAGGAAAUGCCAAGAAUAUCACUAUCAAGAACGACAAAGGACGUCUAUCACAAGAAGAUAUCGAUCGUAUGGUGAACGAGGCGGAACGCUAUGCCGAAGAAGAUGAACGACAACGCAAUAAGAUCGCGGCUAGAAAUAACUUGGAGAGUUAUGUAUUUGGUGUGAAACAAGCCCUGGAUGGCGCAGGUGAUAAAUUGAGUGCUCAGGAGAAGAGCGAAGCAUUGAAGGCUUGUGACGACACAAUCAAAUGGCUCGAUCUCAAUACGUUGGCCGACAAGGAAGAAUAUGAAGACAAAAUGAACACGCUCACUAAACUGUGUUCACCAAUCAUGACAAAAUUACAUAGUGGUGGUGCACAAGGAGCGUCUUGUGGUCAACAAGCGGGCGGAUUCAAUGGACGUACUGGACCCACUNCUGAAAAUAUAGAACUUGAACAAAUUGAUUAUUUAAAGGUAGCUUCCACUGUUUUAUCGUUCGCCGAAAAAAUUGGUAUAUGGGGUUCCGCAACAAUUUCUAAUUUCCAUGGUUUAUGUUUGAGAGAAUCACAGAGGGUAAAAAAUUCGAAAGACGCAUUGUGAAAAUGAAAAUAAUCUAAAUUUUUUUGGAAUUUUCGUAUAUUUAAAUGUGCUUACGUUCGGCAGAGCAGACCACGAAUCGGAAAUAGUCGGGGCCCCAUUAUAUAAUUCGAUUCGAAAAUAAAUUUUUUUCGAAUUUGAAUUUUUUUUAAAUGGGUAUCUAAUUUCGAAUAGUUAAUUCGACUAACGAAAAUUUGCAAAUGUGUAGUUUCAAUUUUAUUUUCAAAUUUAUUGAGUUUAGCAUAAAAUAUUGGUUAACUUUUCAGUUGUAGAAAGAACACUUUUUGAAAAAUGUAAGUAUUUUAAUAAUUUUCAUUUUUAAUAAUGUCCAUUUGCAGCUCUUAUAUACAUGUUAUGGCCACUAAACUAAUUAUAAAGUACAAUAAAAUAAAUAGAUAUGAAUAAAAACUCGUAAUAUAAACUUACUACCGUAGUAUUGACGCUAUGCUAAGCUUUCGAUUAAAAACGAGCUGUUCAUCUUUUACUGGUCUAACCAUCUAGAUGUGAGUUCCAUCAACAGCACCUAUUAUUGGCCUGGUAAUCCAAAUUUUGAGUAAAAAAAAAUGUUUAGCUUCAAGCUUUUCUUGUGAGUUCAUUUCGUAUUUUUUGUAUUUCGAACACAAUGUUUUUUCAAUCACACUCAAUACUUCUGCAAUAAAUUUAGAUGUAGUGGAUUGGGCUAAUUCUUCAAACCAGUCUUGCCCUAUUUGAUGCUGAUAGCCUUCUUGGCCAAGGAAUUUUAAAGUAGUAGCAAGUUUUACAGCUGGAUUUACCGUCGUGCAUGGCAUAGAUACGGUUAGUUUCUACAUAAUUAAAGGCUUUCUUGUGAAGCAAAAGUUUUGUAUAAAGCUAUAGCCUCAAAUGUAAAAACAGUUUAUAACCGAACAUAUUACAUAUGCACAUAACAAAUUACCUUUUUUACGAAAAAUCCUUAAUAUUAAAUUCAUUUCUUAAAGAUUUUUUCGCAAUCCUUUCCUCAAUAAUUUCCUCGUUCUCCACCCACAACCCAACGGAAUCAAUUUUUUUUGAAAAAAAUGUAUACUUAUUUUAUUGUAUUGAUAUUUAGCAUUCGAAAAUUCUGUCACAGCAUUCGAAUAUAAUACAUUUUCGAAUCGAGUUACUGAAUAGGACCCCAGUUCGUAUUUUUCCGCCACCCACUAGCUACAAACACAGCAAAUUGUCGUAGACCGAUAUUAUAGUUCCACUAAAAAACUUGUCCAAUGCCAAAUGGGAUGGGCAAAAUAUAUUUUAGCUAGUCUAAUUGAAGACAACGACAGGAAAAUAUAAUAAAAUAUGUAAAUAUGUCAAAAACAAACUUUGCUUUUUAAUUCAACUGAGCAGCCUUUACAAAUUCUGUCUGAAAUUUAGAAAGUGCCAUUAGAAAUUGAUUGGAAAACUAAUCUUAUUGAGAUUUUAUGUCCCAUAUUUAAUAAAAUUAUAUUUCGUUUAUUUUUAUACCUUGAUCACCAUAAAAGGAAACUCCGACUGUAUAAAAUAUAUAUGUAUGUAAAUGAUCAGCAUGACGAACUGAGCCGAUUUAGCCAUGUACAUCUGUCUGAGUAAGGCAAACUACUCUCUCUCAGUUUUUGAGUUAUCGAUCUGAAAUUUUGCACACGUACUUUUCUUCCCAAGAAUCUACACAUUUGUCGGAACCCCUGAUCAGCUAAAGGAUAUAGAUGCCAAACAAACUGAACUGUGAAGGAUAUUAUAGCUUGGGUCCGAUUAACAGUUUUUUUUUUUUUUUUUUUUUAAUCUUUAUUGAUCGUUUCAGUUUAUUAAAGAAAGUUUCGCAAAGCUUUUUACAUUAUAUAUUUUAAUAAUAAUUACAACUACAUAACAAUUUUUGAAUGUAAUAUUGUCAUUAAUAAUAUCUUAUUUAUAUAUUAUUAUUUAAAUGUACAUGUGUAUGAUUAUAUCAACUAGUACUAAAAUGCAAAAAUAUGUGUGUAUGUUUAUAUAAGCAUACUGCAAGUAUAGAGAUUUCCGCUAUGCAUACAUACAUACUAACAUAUUUGCAAUUCAAUUGCAUGGGCAAUAUUUUUUAAACAAAUAUAUUUAAACAUUACAUAAUUAAAUAAUAAGUGUUCGUACUAUACACAGUAAUAUAUACAUACAACUAUGUAUGUACGCAUUUACAUAAGUACAUAUGUAUAUGUUAUGGCUUUGCGAAAAACGUUUAAUGCGCGCAAACGAAAGAAUUUAUAGUUUAAUUUAAGUCACAGGUAUAUAAGUUGAUCUGCAUGUGCUAAAGGUAUGAUUACAUAAAUAUGCGCCUAUAUACAUAAAUAUAUAAUUACGUAUGUAUGUGUGUUUGUAUCAUAUAUCCAUCGGUUGUGUGGUACACGUUUUUAUAUAAUAUUUCUUGCCUUUUUUAUAAAAGUAAUUAAGCAAUUGUAUAAUUACCACACAGACCUCACUCAUAAAUCAAGUACAUCGAAUUUGUCCUUGUUGUUGUUGUAGUGUAGUAAAAACCAAUGGCACAAGCUAUAAGCGCACUUAAGUACGUACAGAGUUGAAAUUGAAGUUCUUUUUCUUAUUGUUGUUCUCUUUUUGUUCUAUAGUACAAUAAAUUUAAUUAAAAUAAAUAUUGAAAGCAAUAAGAAUUUAUUUGGAGUGCGCCACAAAAGCAAUUACAAGGCAAAAGUUCUCAUUACAAUUUGUUUGUUUUUGUUUUUAUUUUAUACGUGCGCCUAAGUUCAAUAGCAUUUUAUUACAUAAUACACUAAUACAAUUUUAGUAUGUACAUACAUUACAUAUAUCACUACUACAUAAGUGUCAUUAAAUUAUUUAAUUAAUUACAUACAUAUUUAUACACAAAUAGUUUACGAAAUCUUUGGAUAUAACAAACAACAACUGUGAAAAUUAAUAUAAUUUAAACAAUCAUUUUUUGAUUUCAAUUUUUUCAAUUUAAUUUUUUUAAUUUUAAUUGUUUUUUUUUAAUUUUAAAUUUUAUUUUUUUGAAUUUAAUCUUUUAAUUUAAAUUUUUAAAAUUAA